AGGAGGAACAAAGACAACACAUUGCCAUUAGCAAACCCCACAGUUACAGACAGCUUAUAAUCAUGGAUGUGGCUAUUUGUAAUGUUAUGUUGCACUAUUUAAUUCAGUCUAUUUGUAUCGCCCAUUUUCACAAAUUAUAAAUUCCCCUCAGAGUGCUUUACAAUCUGUACACAUAGACAUCCCUGAACUUUGACCUCACAUCGGAUCAGGAACAACUCCCAAACAACCCUUCACUGGGAAAAAAAAUAGGGAAGAACCCUUCAGGAGAGAACAGAGGAGGAUCCCUAACAAUGUGAUUAUCACAUUGUCUUGAAACUCAUAAACAUCGAAUGGUGAAAAUAACCUAACAUGAAUAUGAGUUUUUGGCUCAUCGAGAGAAUCGAAUACUUUAAAAAAAAAAUCCUGCUCAUCGAUGUGCAACUCUUCUCACAAUGGCCCGAUACACCUCGAUAUCGGGAAGUGAACCCACCCACAGAAGAAAUGGUCUAGCAAUGGAUCUCAUGUCUAUAUUGUCAUAUCCCUAUCAAACACAUACUUUAACUUAACUCAACAAUAUUUGAUUCUACUUUCACUUUUUCGUCCCCCUGCACACUGCACGAUGAUGUCACUAUUAGGUGUUUACCUCUCUGAUUAUGGUCCCGUGCAACACUGCCACAAAGCCACUGCCACCCGCCACUUACAUGAAGUGAACUGAGCUGCUGUGAAAUAUUGUUGUUGACUUUGUAUUCAUAUAUUGUUGUAUUUUUUCUUCGUGAUGUAAUAUUGAUCAUCAGCGCUGCAUCAUAAGGCUGUUCACAUUCAGCUUUUGAUUAUUGUCAUGGCUGUUGUACGUCCGACUAAUCUAUUUAUGUGGACUUGCGUUUGUUUACCUGUUGUGUGCUGGAUGUUUGUCUCCAGCAGCAUGAUGGAUGAGCUGGUGCAGGACCUGGUGUCUGCUCUGGAGCAGACCUCGGAGCAGAAGAAGCUGGGCGAGCUGUGGGAGGAAAUGGUCCUGAGUCCGCUGCACCAGCGCCGGCAGAUCCGCCGCCGCAGAGUCCGCAAGCGCUACCGUGAAUCUUCCUUCUAUCCGCUGGAGCACAGGCGAUGCUGGAUUGAGGCCUCCGAGUCCAGUUUGGACGAGACGAAAGGAUACAGGGAGAACUCGUCCUCCGCCGUCGCCGCCUCGGUGGCCAACUGCAGCGACUCUGACGACGUGACUUCGACCCACCGAUGGCGCUCCGUCGUGAGAGGCCCGGUCAGGACUAGGCAGCCCUCCUGGCCAGAGUCCGACUCCUUCACGGAGAACAACGCAGGGCGGCAUCUCAGGAGGCGGCGGAAGGUCAAACGCAUGACCUCGGACAUCACAGUUAGGUUGCAGCAGAAGUUAAAGGUUUCUGCCGCGGAUGGGAAACGGAGACACAGGCCGUCUAGGAUGCAGCAUCUGCCGGGGUCCAAGAAGAGGUCCGGCGGUUGCGUGGGAGCAGACCGGCAGGCGGAAGGAGCCAGGCUGAUGGGAAAGGAGGGCUGGAAGAGGAAGAUGGCCAAGGAACACCGGGAUGCCGCUGAUGAGAACAUGUCUGAGGGGGAGACCAGCAGCACGUGCAGCAGCGACCCUGGUCUGUUCACCAAUGACGAGGGAAGACAAGGGGACGACGAGCAGAGCGACUGGUUCUUCGAGGGGGACUGUGGAGUCGGGAAGGGCGUGGCCGGCCUGCUGCCCGUCGAGGACAACCGGCCCCCGCCUACUUUCCUGCAACCGGCACGGCCCUCUCAGAGAGGGUAUCGGUAUCAUUCAGCGCUCAAGCCGGCGCCGGGCGCUGCUGCGUGCUGCAUAAGGAAGGAGAGGAGGCGGCUUCCCAGCAAGGGCACCAGCAUGCCAGUGUUUGUAGAGAGACUCAGAAACCUCUCCCAUGAUCCUUACCAGAGAGACUUCUGGCUGCCUUCUGUUGGAAAAAGAGACCGGAGCCAGUUGAGCCCUUUGUGCCCAUUACCAGUGUGUCCUAUUGACAUGGUGUCAGAGAGCUCCCAUCUCAGAUGUUCCACCUCAAUGUGCAGAAACAGGCAGACUAACGUCUCCUGUGCAUACCGGCCCCGGAGUGACACCCGGAGGAGGAGGACAACGGAGGCUGUGUCCGUCACAUCAUCAGCUAGCAACCCAUUUCACAAGGAUCCCCGGAAAGAAGAGGCACAGGGAGCCAGUACCAGCUCAACCCCAGAGGCUGUGGGACCAAGUGCUCCAGGUUCACAGAGUCCACCUCUUCCCCAGAGGGGCCGUGAGGAACCUGAAUAGGGCCGGACAAGCCCACCUCCGUGACAAAGGAAAAGCUAUUGUUCCAGAGAAUUGAAAAGGCCAAAAUGUCUCUUGCUGCACAAACCGUAUGACAAAAAAAAAACACAGGGCACAUAAUUACUCCUCAAAUCAGCAUGUUACUGCGAGAUCCCGUCCUUCCAGUAUAGUGAAAUAGGCAUGACAAAUGUUAAUGCAAUCAAACCUCGUUAAGCCCUCUGCCGUCUCCUCAAAGCGGCUUCGAGAGGCUCCUCGUUUGACUCGAGACCGGGCGGAUCCUCCCGUCUCCACACACAGCCGCCGGGCCACCUGCUAACACACAAUCCCAUAAUUACGUCCACUCUCGUAGCGCAGCGUUUGUCAGCGGGAAUACCGGGGAGGAUCGUGAGAGCCGGGUGGCUUUACUUUUAUUUUUUUACGGCAGCCAACAGCGGCUGUGCGGGCGGCGGGAGACGGGAGAGCAUCAGAAUGUGUGGCCGCCGCAUGCCGCUCCAGGGUUCGGGAAGGCGACCGCCGGCAGGGAGCCGCACGAAGCAGAGGCCUCCUCUUAGCAUGGAUUUGAGGAGAAAAAAGCUACAGUUUGUACAAAGGUGCUCAUUAGCACAACACAGAGGGAGUGUAGUCGCGGUCCUUGGAGGGCUGCCUCUGUUCCCUUCAGCCUACCUUCCAUAUUCAAAUGCCCCCAAAUGUAUUUAAGUUCAAGGCCAGCUGCAAGUGUGUUUGAACAGCCUGUUUUUUCCAGCAGUGCUGGAUUAGUUGCAAGGGGGGCUGUGCAGAGAGCCGGCCGGAGAGGGGUUGGAGGAGCCGGCCGGAGACGAGAGGGACAGACGCUGUAUUUUCAGCCACCCUUGGGGUGUGCAUCUCCGUGCCGCCCUCGGCAUCAGAUGCAUUAAAAGAUCGAUGGCAGCAAACGGCGAGAUCAAACGCAACACUUCUCACCGAGCUGGUAGACGAGCAGUGCGUUCGGAAAAAAAGCAUUUUUAUCUUGAAAUCAUGUGAAGUAUAUUCCGCUUGACUCUAUUUUUUAUUUCUGCUUGACUUUAUUUGUAUUUGUUAUGAAUACAAAGGCGUCCUCUGCUCUCACAGAGCGUCUUGAACGAAUUUGACGGUGACAUUUUCGCCAUUUAAAAAAAAAAAAAAACGUAUCUGAAAUCUUCCCUGCGACAUUAGGUAUGCCCUUUUUUAAAUAACAAUUACAAAACAGUGAAAUGAACCGCAUUAUCGCCAGCUACGCUCUGCAUGUCUUUUUCAGAAACUUUUUGAAGAGAAGAAUCACAUUUAGUAGAAUGAGAUUUGCCAAUUAACGUGAGCUAUACGUCUGCAUUAAUCCAUCUGAGAAGGCUUUAUGUGAUCAUGUUGGCCAGGGAUGACAUUUAUAAAUGCUGUGUGUGCACACUCAUCGAAAUGGAUGCCUCACACAUGACACCCUGCCACAGGAAUCAGUCAAAAAGAGCCAGCCGCCCCCAGCACACACACACACACACACACACACUAGCACUGCCCGGGGAGCAACUGGGGGUUCAGUGUCUCUUCGACAUGCAACUAUGGGGAGAGCGGGAAUCGAAUCGGCUACCUUGCGGUUACAGGCCGACCCAAAUAUAUUCACAAUAAGUUCAUCAUUUGAAAACAGAAGCUUUGAUAACUUACAUUGGCGUCUUCUUCGAGACAUAUGCCCCUGGACGCGUUGACGAGUAUUCACUGCGUUGGUGUUCUAAGGAGUGCUUCUCGCUGCCGCCUUGUCCGUCAGCGUGUGUUUUGGUGCCAAGGCAUCGACAGCCAAGGUAAACGCGUCGGUUCAGAUCCGGUUCCAUUAAGUCGCAGGAGGGGAAACACCUCUCCUGCCUCUCUGGUAAUUAGCAGUCAGUAUAAUGGCAUCUCAGCCAGACUGCAUGCCCCGAGAUGUAUUUCCACAGGCCAGGAAGUGGGGGAAUGGCUUCCGUGCAGCCAGUCAAUUGCCCUGUUACAGUUAAGGAAUCCAGCAGGCUGGUACCACUCAUAUUUCAUCCCAGGUAAAGAUUACCUGUCAGGCCCGUGGGAGAUGUAUUGAUCUGUUUUCCUUUUUCCGCCAGCAAUCACCUGACAAAGGCACCUCGGAGGCGAGUGAAUGAGUGAUGCCGGGUCGGUGUGCUUCAGCGCGGUGGCUUCUAGUGUCCACUGGUGGGUGGAGAGGUGGUGAGGAAGAGGAGAGAUAAUGCAGUCAUAAACUCUGUUUGAACUUCCUCUGUGUGCAUACAGGGUGGCCCCUUGGGUCACAGGUCAGUGGGGGAAUUUGCCUUUUUGGGGGCUUCUUGUCCGUGGCGUUUGUACUUGCUGGGUAGUGUGUAGUGAUGUGUACAAAAAACACACAUGCAAAAGAGGCUCUCUGGUUCCUGCUGACAAAUGCACCGUCGUUCAACUCACUUUGCGUUUCAACAUGCGGUUUGAUCUGGACUCGCAAUGAAAUCCAGCCCGCAUUCGCAAAGAUCCAUUUAUUGAACAUUAUCUCGUGUUUUCUCGGCAGCUAAACGUGUUUAUGUGUUUGCCUUGUUCAGUGGAAUGUCAGGCCCGAUAUUACCCAUGAAUCUACGUGUUGUAAGUGAUUGCACUGUAUAAAAUGUGUAUUAUUUAUGAUGUGAUGCAUAAUUAUAGGACCAUUAAUUGAGGAUUUAGCUUUGAGGACAUUAAAAUCAUUAAAUCAAUUUCAUGAUAGAUAGUACAGUAGAUAUGUCUCUUUCAUUUUUUACUGUCGUGUUUUCUAAAUUUCAUUUACAAGGAUUUAAAAGUAUCUCCCUGAUAUCAGGGCUCUUAGGCAGCUAUCCAUAUUUGAUACGUCGUACAAAUAGCAUCUUAUCUCAUCGGCUGUUAUCUUCAUAGUUAAUAGCAGUGGAGUGUAAUUGCUUUGCAAAUGAUCUAAAGAGGAUUACUCCAGCCUUCCUGCACCGAGUCACUCGAUGUGAGAGAGACGUCACAAUCAAACCUGCAGCGCAGUGUUUAUGCACUAGGUUUUCUAUGACGGUGUCAUGUCAAAAUAAGUGUCGGUAUGAAGUGUACACUCUGCUUUUGAAUAAACUGUAUGAACAACAUUAUGGAUUAGAAGCUGUUUUAAGAAGUUGUAUUUCUACUUAUGUUAUUUAUGUAUUAAAAAUGGGAUUUAAAAUGAGAGAUGAUGUUAUGUAAUCUUCAUGUAAUCUGUGAUGAACAAGUAUACCUUUUUUUUUUUUAAAGUGCUGAACUAUACUGUAUGUGCAAUAAAUGAGUGAACAUGA